UUUAUUUACGCCUACCUCCCAGCCCUUGGCAAUCUGACUAAUAACAAACUGAGCUAACAAGAAAGACUAGAAAGGGAGGAAAGAGAACCCUGCUGCAGCUCGGAUCUACAACCUAAGAAAGCAAGAGUGAUCAGUCCCAGCUCUGUGAAACAUCUUGUUUAUUUACUGCAUUCGGCAGUUUGCAAAUGGUUAACUAUAUGCAAAAAAGUCAGCGUAGCUGUGAAGUAUGCCGUGAAUUUUAAUUGGGGGAAAAAAGGACAACUGCUUCAGGAUGAUUUAGUAUGCACUCUGUUUGAAAUAUUGUCAAUGAAAUGCUCAGCAUUUUGGCUCUGACUAGAGGUUUUCACUUUAUAAAGUGAUGAGACUCGCCAAAAAGUGAUAUUUAAGAAGAAAGUAAGCGGUGGUUAGUGUUUUCUUUUUUAAUAAAGAAAGUGAAUUUACUUUGAACAUCUCUUCCAGCUGUGCAUUACAGAUAACGUCAGUAAGAGUCUCUGCUUUACAGAAUCAGAUUCUAUCACAUGACAACAUGAAGCUGUGGAUUCAUCUCUUAUAUUCAUCUCUCCUUGCCUGUAUAUCUUCACAAUCCUCAUCUCCAGUGUCCUCAGCCGGAGGUUCUUGUGAUUCUCUUUGCAAUUGUGAGGAAAAAGACGGCAUGAUGCUAAUAAAUUGUGAAGAAAAAGGUAUCAAGACAUUAUCCCAAAUAACUGUGCCACCAUCACGACCUAUCCACUUAAGUUUAUUAAAUAAUGACUUAACAAUGCUUCACACGAAUGACUUUUCUGGGCUUACCAACGCUAUCGCAAUACACCUCGGAUUUAACAAUAUUGCAGAUAUUGAGACUGGUGCAUUUAAUGGCCUUGGCCUUCUUAAGCAACUUCAUAUCAAUCACAAUUCUUUAGAAAUCCUUAAAGAGGAUACCUUCCAUGGACUGGAAAACCUGGAAUUUCUACAAGCAGAUAAUAAUUUUAUUACUGUGAUUGAACCAAGUGCCUUUAGCAAGCUCAACAGACUUAAAGUGUUAAUUUUAAAUGACAAUGCUAUUGAGAGUCUUCCUCCAAACAUAUUUCGAUUUGUUCCUUUAACCCAUCUAGAUCUCCGUGGAAAUCAGUUGCAAACAUUGCCUUAUGUUGGUUUUUUAGAACACAUUGGCCGAAUAUUGGAUCUCCAGUUGGAGGACAAUAAAUGGGCCUGCAAUUGUGAUUUACUACAGCUAAAAAUAUGGUUGGAAAACAUGCCUCCACAGUCUAUAAUUGGUGAAGUUGUAUGUAACAGCCCUCCAGUUUUCAAAGGAAGUAUACUAAGCCGACUGAAAAAGGAAUCAAUUUGCCCCACUCCACCAUUGUAUGAAGAACAUGAGGAUCCUUCAGGAUCAUUACAUCUGGCAGUAACAUCUUCAAUAAGUGAUAGUCGCAUGUCAAUCAAGACCACAUCCCUUUUAAAAACACCCACCAGAGUUCCGGGUUUGAUACCUUAUAUUACAAAACCAUCCACUCAACUUCCGGAACCCUACUGUCCUAUUCCUUGUAACUGCAAAGUGUUAUCCCCAUCAGGACUUCUAAUAUACUGUCAAGAACGCAAUAUUGAAAGCUUAUCAGAUUUAAAACCUCCUCCACAAAAUCCUAGAAAGCUUAUUCUAGCGGGGAAUAUUAUUCAUACAUUAUUGAAGUCUGAUCUAGUGGAAUACUUCACUUUGGAAAUGCUUCACUUGGGAAAUAAUCAUAUCGAGGUUCUUGAAGAAGGAUCAUUUAUGAAUUUAACAAGAUUACAGAAGCUCUAUCUAAAUGGUAAUCAUCUGACCAAAUUAAGUAGAGGCAUGUUCCUUGGUCUCCACAAUCUUGAAUACUUAUAUCUUGAAUAUAAUGCAGUUAAGGAAAUACUACCAGGAACCUUUAACCCAAUGCCUAAACUUAAAGUCCUCUAUUUAAAUAACAAUCUCUUACAAGUUUUACCACCACAUAUUUUUUCAGGGAUUCCCCUAACAAGGAUAAACCUUAAAACAAACCAGUUUAGUCAUCUACCUGUAAGCAACAUCUUGGAUCACCUUGAUUUACUGACCCAGAUUGACCUUGAGGACAAUCCCUGGGAUUGCUCCUGUGACCUGGUUGGAUUGCAGCAAUGGAUACAAAAAUUAAGUAAGGACACAGUGACAGAUGACAUCCUCUGCACUUCUCCAGAGCACCUAGACAAAAAGGAAUUAAAAGCACUAAAUAGUGAACUUCUUUGCCCAGGUUUGGUCAAUAACCCAUCCCUGCCAACUCAUACUAGUUACAUAAUUGUCAGUACUCCUACAACCUCAACUACAGCUGAUACUAUUUUAAGAUCACUUACUGAUGCUGUACCACUAUCUGUUUUAAUAUUAGGACUGCUGAUUGUGUUCAUAACUAUUGUGUUCUGCGCUGCAGGAAUAGUGGUUCUUGUUCUCCACCGCAGGAGAAGAUACAAGAAGAAGCAAGCAGAUGAGCAGAUGAGAGACAACAGUCCCGUGCAUCUUCAAUAUAGUAUGUAUGGCCAUAAAACAACUCACCACACUACUGAAAGGCCCACUGCAUCACUCUAUGAGCAGCACAUGGUAAGCCCCAUGGUUCAUGUCUAUAGAAGUCCAUCCUUUGGCCCAAAGCAUUUGGAAGAAGAAGAAGAAAGAAAUGAGAAAGAGGGAAGUGAUGCAAAACACCUCCAAAGAAGUCUUUUAGAACGGGAAAAUCAUUCGCCACUCACAGGAUCAAAUAUGAAGUACAAAACCACAGACCAAAUGACUGAAUUUUUAUCUUUCCAAGAUGCCAGUUCAUUAUAUAGAAACAUUUUAGAGAAAGAAAGAGAGCUUCAGGAACUGGGAAUCACAGAAUACCUAAAGAAAAACAUUGCUCAACUCCAGCCUGAUAUGGAGGUACACUAUCCAGGAGGCCACGAAGAGUUAAAAUUAAUGGAGACAUUAAUGUACUCAAGACCAAGGAAGGUGUUAGUGGAACAGACUAAAAAUGAGUAUUUUGAACUUAAAGCUAACUUACACGCUGAGCCUGACUACUUAGAAGUCCUGGAACAGCAAACAUAGAUGAAGAGUUUGAGGGCUUUUGCAGAAACGCUGUGAUUCUGUCUUAAGUCUAAAAUUUAUAAAUAAGUGCCUUACAUGAGUGUGUCAUCAACCAGAAUUUAAGCACAGCAGUAUUCUCAUGGGGAAAAAAUAAAUAAAAGAAAAAGAAACUCAGGGAUCACUGGGAGAAGCCAUUGCAUUGUCUUUAGGUAAUUUUGUAUGUUCCCAAUAAAAUAAAUCCUUGCAUGUAAAUCAUUCAAGGAUGAUAGUAAUAUUACUCUAAAUGUUUAAAAGUGUUUCACAGAAGUUCUCUUGCACAUCUAAAAGGGUUGAAUAUUUAAGCAACCCUAAUUUUCUUGAAUUACUUUACCUGUGGAUUAAAUAGAAUUGGAUUUUGUCAUUUAAAAAUUAUAACUGUAUAUAUAGUAUUAAUAUAUAAGAAAUAUAUUGUUUAUAUAACCAAUAUAUGUACUACAAAAAAUAUACAUUGUCAAAUACACCUAAUUUUCUUGCUAUAAAGGCAAAGGAACUGGACCUUUAAAAUUAUCUAUAGUAAGAAAAAAAAUCAGAGGUUGAAUUAUACAGGCUAACAGUGGCCCGAACUUUGAACAUUUGAGGAUCAAAAAAUAAUACCACUGCUAUGCUUUCUGAAUUUAAAAAUAAGAAUGAUUAAUAUUUCUGGUGGAAUAAAUAAGCAAAAUUUGGGGGUUUUCUGCACAUUUUGUGUGGACAAUCUUAUUGUUGAUGCUGCUGUGAACUAAGGUAUGUCAUUUGUGCUUCAAGUUCAUUUCUUAUUCUUAAGAUAUUUGUAAAAUGCUACUGAUAUUCAACUGUAAAUAUGAUUAGUGCAUCCAUUAAGUUUGAUUUCUUUCAUAACAUUAAUUCUUUGUAAAUUUGAAUGACCAAAAUAGAAAUAUGUUUCUUGUGGCAAGUAAUUCAUAGGUGUAAAACAAAUAGAAAAAUUAUUAUUUUAUUUUUAUUGAUGUGUACUGAUAGUUGCCAUAAAUUAGUAGCAAAGGCAUGUCUGAAGGUAAGUGAUUUCAGUUGCCUCAAGAGUGGCACAAUGUAGCUUUAUUUUAUAAGAAAGAUAGCUAGAUUUCUAUGAACUAUUUAUUCUGUACAGUUUUGUAUAUUUUUGGUUCACAAAGUUAAUUAUUCUUGGGUGCCUUUCAAGAAAAUUAAAAAUACUGCUCACUACAAUAAAACUAAAAUAAAAGCCC